AUGGCCGCCUACGCGUCGGCCACUUCCAUUUCUGCCGAGGCCAUCAUCCUCGGUAUUGUUUGCAUCCUGAUCGGCCUGCUGAUGACCUUCGCCGGCUAUCGCCUGUACAAGAUCGUGCUCUUCGUGGCCGCCUUCCUGCUGGGCUACUGGGUGUGCUACACCAUCAUGGUCAAUGCCAACAACGAUUAUGGUGACAAUGAGGAUUGGAUCCUCUUCGGCUCCUCGGUCGGCGCGGGCUUGCUCACAGCCAUCGUUGUCAUGCUGCUGGUUUCCUGCCUGGUCCCCCUGGGUCUCUUUGUCCUCGGUGCCCUUGGUGGCUUCUUCCUGGCCAUUUGGAUUCUCUCCUUCAUCGACCCGAACUCGGCCAUCCACGAGGACGAGUGGCGCUGGCUGUUCAUCUGUGGCAUGAUGCUCCUGGUGGGUGUGCUGGCGGCCGUCCUGCGCAAGCCGAUCAUCGUCACCACCACCGCCAUUUCCGGUGCCUUCGUCCUGUUCUACGGUAUUGACCAGUUCGCCGAGACCGGCUUCGCCGAUCUCGUGGAGAACGUGCUCAACCACGGCCGCGACAUCCAGCCCGGCCCGCUCUCGGACGCCGAGAUCGCCAUGCUCUCGUGCUGCGCGGCCACCGCCGUCCUCGGCAUCAUUGUCCAGAUCGUCACCACUCGCCGUCUCAAGAACCAGGAGCGCAGCAAGCGCAGCGCCUACGAGAUGAUCAACUAA